GCACACUACAGACACAAUAUGAUACACUAAUGUUGAAAAUAAAUACUUAUACUUUACUUAAUUUCGUUGACAAGUUUGACAUUUGACAUUCAUUGAAACUAGUGUCCCAUGUUAACGUGGGCGUGGUUUGUGAGCGUGACGUGAGAGCAUGAUAAACUUCCUUAAAACUGCUCCAAAAACGCAGGAACGAACACCGUGAAAUCAAGGCGCUUUAUUACGCAUUGCAAUGUAUACAACCGGUGCGAUGCGUUUUUAAAUCUAUGGUCCACGUGGAAUAUCGCAUGUGACGAACCUGUCGCCGUCUAACAUCUGCUGGAAAUCCAGAUGAAAAUGAGAAGUCUAUCAGUCAAAGCUCAGCUUUAGGAGGGGAAGAGACAGAGCAAGAUAAGAAGACUGAGAGAAAAAGAAAGAGUGAUGGAGAUGAGGAGAGAACAGGUCAUGCUGAGCAUCUGAUGGUCUUCAGUGACACAGAGAAACCAGAGCUGAGCUGUUUUCAGUGUCAGUUUAUCUGCAGUAAUGUCAGAGGAGCGAGGAAAGGACUCUCUCUCUAAGAUGAGUCUCUCAGAGAAGCAGAGUGAAAGAUCAGACUCUCAUGUGUCCAUCUCUGUGUCUGUGAAGAGUGAUCGGUCAAAAGGAGAAGGACCAAAAUUCAGUGAGAGAAAACCAUCAACUAACAAAAGUGAAAGAUCAGACUCGGAUGUGUUCAGCUCUGUGUCUCUGAAGAGUGACUGUUCAAAAGGUCAAGGACCAAAAUUCAGUGAGAGAAAACCAUCAACUUACAAAAGGCUUCAAUGGGAGACAUUAGACUCAGACGUUCAGACUUACAGGAAGCAUGAGAGUUUCAAAGACAAUCUCCUAGAGAUCUUCCAGGAUCUUGAGAGCAAAAUAAUCACAUUUCUGAAGAAUGAGCUGGAAAAGUUUAAGAAAAUAUUACAAAAAGAGAACACACAAUACUUUGUGAAGGACUUUAAUGAGAAUAGAUGCAGUACCAAAGCAGCAGCUCUUGAUCUCACACUACAUUACCUGAGAGAGAUGAAGCAGGAUGAAGCUGCUGAUGCUCUAGAAGAUGAGCUGUUCUUCAUUCAUCAGCUUAAAUGUGGUCUAAAGAAGAAGUAUCAAUGUGUGUUUGAAGGAAUUGCGAAGCAAGGUGACUCCACACUUCUGAAUAACAUCUACACAGAUCUCUAUAUCACUCAGGGUGGCAGUGAACAGGUCAAUACUGAACAUGAGGUAAGACAGAUUGAAGUUGCUUCCAGGCAUCAUGAAUCUCAAGAGAUACAGGUUAAGUGCACACAGUUGUUUGAAGCACCUGAACAAGACAAGGAGAUCCGAACUGUACUGACAAAAGGAGUCGCUGGCAUCGGAAAAUCAGUCUCUGUGCAAAAGUUUGUUCUGGACUGGGCUGAAGGAAAAGAAAAUCAAGAUAUCAGCUUCAUAUUUCCUCUUCCAUUCAGAGAGAUGAACUUAAAGGAGAAAGAAAUACUAAGUUUGAUGGACCUUAUAGCUCAAUUUUUCCCAGAGACAAAAGGUCUGAACCUUUCAAGAAGGAAUAAUUUCAAAGUCCUGUUUAUCCUUGAUGGAUUGGACGAAUGUCGCCUUCCUCUGAAGUUUGAUUGUAAUGAGAAGUGGCGUGAUGUAUCGUCACCAGCCUCUCUGGAUGUUCUCCUGACGAACCUCAUGAAGGGAAAUCUGCUUCCUUCUGCUCUCAUCUGGAUCACCACCAGACCAGCAGCUGCCAGUAAGAUUCCUCCUGACUGUAUUGACCGGCUGACAGAGAUACGAGGAUUCAAUGAUGCACAAAAGGAAGAGUACUUCAAAAAAAGAUUCAUGGAUCAGAAUCAGGCCAACACAAUCAUUGAUCAUGUUAAAAAAUCAAGGAGUCUCUUUAUCAUGUGCCACAUCCCAGUCUUCUGCUGGAUUUCAGCCACUGUUCUCCAGAACAUUCUGGAGGAGAAAAGCAAUAAUGAUGUGAAAAACAAUCAGGCUGAUGAGAUCUCUAAAACACCACAGGAAUCCAAUACUGAAGACACUCCCAAGACUCUGACACAAAUGUACACACACUUUUUCCGCUUUCAGAUCCAGCAGAGCCACCGAAAGUAUGAUGGAGAAUAUGCACCAGAUGUCUCCUGGGAUAAAGACGCCAUCCUUUCACUGGGGAAACUGGCAUUUCAUCAGCUGGAAAGAAACAACGUAAUCUUCUAUGACACAGACCUUGAAGCCUGUGGUAUUGACGUCUAUAAGGCAUCAGUGUACUCAGGCAUGUGUACCCAGAUCUUUAAGGAGGAAACAGGUUUCAUUCUUGGUACCAUGUACUGCUUUGUUCACUUGAGCAUUCAAGAGUUUAUUGCAGCCCUUUAUGCACAUCUGUUUCUAGACAUCAACAAGACAAACGUGUUUGAUCAUGAGUCUACAGAACAGGAAAACAAAAAUGAAACCAUGAUUGAUUUUCUCAAGACUGCAGUGGACAAGGCGCUCAAGAGUGAUAAUGGACACCUGGACCUUUUCCUUCGCUUCUUCCUCGGUCUGUCGCUCCAGUCCAAUCGACGACUCUUACGGGGUCUGUUAACACAGCAAGACAUCAGUGUCCAGAGCAACAAGGAAAUAGUUCAGUACAUCAAACAGAAAUUAGAAGAUAAUCUGCCUGCAGAGAGAUCCAUCAAUCUGUUCUACUGUCUGAAUGAACUGAAUGACCAAACUCUGGUGAAGAAGAUUCAAACCCACUUCAGCAAAGGAAGUCUCUCGUCUGGUGACCUUUCACCUGUCCAGUGGUCUGCUUUGGUCUUUGUGUUGUUGACAUCAGAGGAAGAGCUGGAGGAGUUUGAGCUUCAGAAAUUCAAGAAAUCAGACGAGUGUCUCAUUAGAUUAUUGGCAGUCAUCAAAACCUCCAGAAGAGCUUUGCUAAAUGAUUGUAACUUAACAGACAAAAGCUGUUCAGCUCUGGCUACAGUUCUUGGAUCAGAUACUAAUCUGAAAGAGCUGAACAUGAACAAUAAUAAACUACAGGAUUCAGGAGUGAAGCUGCUCUGCACUGGACUGAUGUAUAUAAAGUGUAAAUUGGAGAUACUGAGGUUAAGCUGCUGUUGUAUGACGGAUGAAGGUUGUUCUGCUCUGACUUCAGCUCUGCAAUCAAACCCAUCACACCUGAGAGAGCUGGACCUGAGCUGGAAUGAGCUAGGAGACUCCGGAGUGAAAAACUUCUGUGAUCUACUGAUGAAUCCACAAUUCAAGCUGGAGAAACUAAAUCUGUUUAGAUGCAGUAUUACAGAGAAACAGUGUCUCAUCCUGACUUCAGCUCUGAAAUCAAACCCAUCACACCUGCGAGAGCUGGAUCUCAGUGUGAAUAUAAUAGAAAACACAGGAGUGAAGCACCUAUGUGACGUACUGAAGAAUUCACACUGUAAACUGGAGAAAUUGAGGUUAAAAUACUGUUGUAUUACAGAUGAAGGUUGUUCUGCUCUAUCUUCAGCUCUGAAAUCAAACCCAUCACACCUGAGAGAGCUGAACCUGAGCUGGAAUGAGCUAGGAGACUCAGGAGUGAAAAACCUCAGUGAUCUACUGAUGAACCCACAAUUCAAGCUGGAGAAACUAUACCUGUAUAGAUGCAGUAUUACAGAGGAACAGUGUCUCAUCCUGACUUCAGCUCUGAAAUCAAACCCAUCACACCUGAGAGAGCUGAACCUGAACUGCAAUAUAAUAGAAAACACAGGAGUGAAGCACUUAUGUGACAUACUGAAGAAUUCACACUGUAAACUGGAGAGAUUGAAGUUAAGUGACUGUGAAAUGAGAGAUAAAGGUUGUUCUAUUCUAUCUUCAGCUCUGAAAUCAAACCCAUCACACCUGAGAGAGCUGAAACUGAGCAGCAAUAAACUAGGAGACUCAGGAGUGAAAAACCUCAGUGAUCUACUGAUGAACCCACAAUGCAAGCUGGAGAAACUAGAUCUGAGCAGAUGCAGUAUUACAGAGAAACAGAGUCUCAUCCUGACUUCAGCUCUGAAAUCAAACCCAUCACACCUGAGAGAGCUGGACUUGAGCAGGAAUAUAAUAAAAAACACAGGAGUGAAGCACCUAAGUGACAUACUGAAGGAUUCACACUGUAAACUGGAGAAAUUGAGUCUACAGCACUGUGGCAUUACAGAUGUUUCUUCUUUAACUCGGUCUUUGACUAACCUCAAAAGCACUGCAGUUUUUAAAAGAGCUUGAUCUGAGACAGAAUAUGAUAAGAGAUUCACAGCAGCUCUGUGACAUGCUACGAGACUCAAACUGUGACCUGAGAGUAGAUAGAGAUCAAUCACCAAACGUCCCUAAUGGAUCAGUUUAAAUCUGUGAAAUGGUCGUGAGAGGAUCAGUGACCAUCAGAUGAUCCACAGAAGAGACUCACUACUGCGUCUGAGGAUAAAUAAAUGUGAUUAAAGGAUUAGUUCACUUUGAAAUGAAAAUUAGCCCAAGCUUUACUCACCCUCAAGCCAUCCUAGGUGACUUUCUUCUUUCUGAUGAACACAAUCUGAGUUAUAUUAAUAAAUAUCAUGGCACAUCUGAGCUUUAUAAUGGCAGUGAACGGGAUCAAUGAGUAUGAGCUGAAGAAAGUGUUUCACUUUCAAUUUCUGAUGAGCUUCUCAUUAUUGUGUCUGAUGGCCACUUACACAGAGGCAGUGACCACAGAAACUCAUGAAGAACAGCAUCUGUUAACAGAAUAUACCAGAGAUAGAAGGUCAGACAGCAUGUUCAUCUCUUUUGGUGCGUUCAAGUCCUCCUGGGAAGUUUGUAUUUACGAGGUGGGAAGUCGUGUGUACAACAGUAGGUGUGUUCAAGUCACCUUUGUCAGAGUAUGAUGGCGGUGUGCCUUCUCUAAAUUAAUUACACAAAAUAACAACACUUCUACUUUUUGAGAAUGUAGAGCAAAGAAUGUGCAAUGGUUGUAUGUUGCUUUUUUAUGUUUUUUAAUUAAUUUAUGAAGCUAUUGUAAACUUUAUUGUUACAUAUUACUUUUUUAUAUUAUGAUGCUAUCGCAUUUUUUGCUGGGAAUCAGCUUACUUCGCUGUAAAUCGAAAAGCCUGACAAUGGAGGGGCUACUGGUCAUCGGUGGGGGGGCACUGCUGUUUGAGAAAUAUAUUUUUUUAUGCAGUGGCGACAUCAUAGUCCAACACAGCAGAAAUGCAAUAAAAAAGAGAAACACGUUUUUUUAUUAUUAUUAUUAUUAUUAUUAUUAAUUAUUUGCGCGUUUCGUUUAUUCUUGUUGUUGUUAAUUUCUAUAUCAUGUAGCCGUGUUUCCAUUACAGAUUUGCGCAAAACUUUUGCGAUAUUUUUUUUGCAAAAUUUCGUUAUUUUGGCUUGAAAUUUAAUAUGAACUGAAUUUAGAAAUGCUUUUGAAAUGAAAAAUGUUGCGUUUAAUAAACAAAAUGAAGACAC